AUUCCUUUCUCUUUACCACUAAAUUUCAUCUCUUGAGAACAACAAGAAAAAUCAUGUCAGGCUACAGCUCUGUCUUCAAGAAAGAUCUUUUCAAGGACGAAGUUGUCCUCGUUACUGGAGGUGGCACAGGCAUUGGUCGAUGUAUUGCCCAUGAGCUUGCAAGUUUAGGAGCUACCGUGGUUAUCGCAGCCCGAAAAAUGGAUCAAUUGACGGCAACUGCAGAAGAGAUUCGUAAGCUGGGUGGCAAGUGCGACACGAUGCAGAUCAAUAUCCGUGAUGCAGCCAAAGCAUUGGAAUUGAUCCAAACUAUUGUUGCCAAGCAUGGGAAAUUAACAUCAUUAGUCAACAACGCUGGAGGACAGUUCAUGUCACCUGCUAGCAUGCUGAGCUCCAAGGGCUUUGCAACGGUUGUGGAUCUGAAUUUGAACGGUACUUUCAACAUGUGCAAAGCGGCAUUUGACGGAUACAUGGGAGAGCAUGGUGGAAAGAUUGUCAACAUUGUUGCAGAGUGUCGCAACGGAUUCCCAAGGAUGGCUCACACUGGCGCUGCUAGAUCGGGUAUUAUCAACAUGACCAAGACGCUGGCAAUUGAGUGGGGUCCCUACAAUGGUAUUCGCGUCAACUGUGUUGCUCCAGGCACCAUUGUCAGCUCUGGCAUGAAGAAUUAUCCUGAGAACGUGGUUGAUAUGAUUGCUUCCUAUGACUGGAUGAGCCCAAGCGGUCGCUAUGGUACCGAGUCAGAGAUCGCGGCAAGUGUAGUCUUCUUGCUGUCUCCGGCUGCAUCUUAUAUCAGUGGGGUCAAUCUUGCAGUUGAUGGAGGUAGCUCGUUGAGCAAAGGAUUUCCAGAAGGUCAUGAGAUGGCCUUCAAUCCUGAAGGUAGCUUGAUCCCCGCGUAUAUUGGCUGGCCAGAGGGCAAGGACAAUGUGCAUAACUUGAAGCACGUGGAUGCGCCACCAAAGGUCAAUGAUCUUUUGGACAAGUAUAAGAAGAAGAGUAAAUUGUAAAAAUUAAAAAUAUGAGGGAGGAG